CGGCCGAUGCCGGCUUAAAGCCGUGGUGCGCGGCACCCCGGCCCCAUUCGGGAGCCAGGCGGGCGGGAGAGGUGCACCUGUGGCGAGCGUGGUCCGCAAGUCUUGGCCAAGCCCGUGAGGUCCACGGAGGCGGGGCAGGUGAGGAUCCCGGCGGGGCCCAGAAAUGUCUUUUCUCCAGGAUCCAAGUUUCUUCACCAUGGGGAUGUGGUCCAUUGGUGCAGGUGCCCUGGGGGCUGCGACCCUGGCAGUGCUCCUGGCCAACACAGACCUGUUUCUGUCCAAGCCAAAGAAAGCAACACUGGAGUAUCUGGAAGAAAUUGAUUUAAAGACGCUGGAGAAGGAACCAAGAACUUUCAAAGCAAAGGAACUAUGGCAGAAGAGGGGAGCCGUGAUUAUGGCUGUGCGUCGGCCAGGUUGUUUUCUCUGUCGAGAGACGCAUGUGGCCAGCAGGGUCUGCAGCACUGCUCAUACUGCUUGGUCUAUAGUGAAGCUGCAGCAUGUGGCUCCCCGCAAGGUCAAACUCUUAAGGACACACCUAUCUGCCUGCCCUCCCCUUGGGGGCAUGCCUGGUUCUGUCACCAAGUUGGAGCUCAUCAGCUGGGUCAGCUUCAGGUUGGCCUCUCGAUGGGAAGCCAUCAUCGUCUCUGUGAAAAAGUUCUACGGUCCCCAAAAGCGCAAGAUGUUGUUUAUGGGAUUCAUCCGUCUGGGCGUGUGGACCAACUUCUUCCGGGCCUGGAAUGGAGGCUUCUCAGGCAACCUGGAAGGCGAAGGUGUCAUCCUCGGGGGAGUUUUUGUGAUGGGGUCAGGAAAGCAGGGCAUUCUUCUCGAACACCGAGAAAAGGAAUUUGGAGACAAAGUAGACUUGCGUUCUGUUCUGGAAGCUGCUGCCAAGAUAAAACAAGAGACUCUUGCCUCAGAGCAAAAAUGAUCACAGGAAAAAUUCCUGGCUCAGGGGUAACUGUGGGCACACACUUUGGCUCAUCAGCGUUGUCGAGUUUCCUCCCUGAAGAGUGAGAAGCGUACUCACACCACGUUCUUGCUGUGGAGUGGAGUGUAUUUAAUACAGUUUCCUGUUUAGUCUCAGCAAGGUAAAUUACCCCAAAACAAAACUGAUAAAAAUCUAAUGUACUAAUGAGAGCUAAUUGCAGUAAAAGUGAGAAAGUAUGAGGUUUAAAACCAACUAUAGCCACUCAUUGCAAAUUAUAUUCUGUUUCAGUGCUACUAUCUAAGAUUAUUUUAUUUUCAUUAUUAAAAUCUACAAAAAGUUGAGGCCAUGCUAUUGCUCAAUGGCAGAGUACUUGCCU